GUGGUUAUUUUAGUUAAUUAAUCUGGUUGAAGCCACUUGAAGCACAGGGACAGGGUUGAAGUCAAUCCAUCCACAGCACAGGCAACGUACAUAGAUAAUACAGUUACACUCAAUAUUUAAGAACAGUUUCAGAUGGACAGCUUACCAGAGAACAGUACUAAUGGUGGAAGUCAGUUAGAGACUUCUGAUUAUUUGCAUGGUGUAAAAUCUUCAACAUGUUUGUUGCUCCCAACAACACCAAGUCCAACUACUUUGGAUUUUCAGCAUCCUUUAUCUGAAGAACUUAUUGAGCAGCCCUUCCUUACAUUAAAUGGAGAUAAUAUUGAUAUUGCUGACACCCAAAAUGAUGCUACAGCAGGUGAUUCAAGUUCUUCGGCAGAUUCUAACUCAGUUGUCCAGGAUCCAGUUAGUGCACAAUUGAUAAACAAUAUUAGUAUGUUAGAUUAUCAAACACUGAGUAAGAAUGGGGAUCUUAUUAUUGGACAGGCAGAAGAUGUUAAACUGAAUGGGAAUUUGAAAAUUAAUAAUAGGAAACUGCCAAGCUUUGUGAACUGGAACUGGGUUGUUAUACGAAAGAUUUUACUGUGGGUAGUACUGUCUGGGCUCAUUGCUUGUCUUGCAGCUAUCAUUGGUAUGAUAAUAACUAUUCCUAAAGAAUGUAAUAUUGACCUACCAUGGUAUCAAGGAAAGGUUUUUUACGAAGUAUUUCCUGCCAGUUUUAAAGAUUCCAAUAAUGAUGGCACAGGUGAUUUUAAAGGCCUGAUAACUAAACUUGAUUAUAUACAAAAUUUAGGUGUUGCUGCUAUUCGACUUAAUUAUAUAUUUCAAGCUGAUCAUUAUCCUGAAGAUUACAAUAAUGUAACUUCUAUGUUGGACAUAGACAGGAGCUUAGGCGUACUUAAAGACUUACAGGAUCUAAUAUUUAAUAUACAUAAAAGGAACAUGUCAGUCAUACUUGAUUUACCAGUAAUUUCAAUGGCUCUUCCAAGUCUCAUUUUUAACUCCACUUCAUCUAUUAUCAUAGCAAAUAAUACUGAAGUUAACUAUUUGGAUCCAACAACUGUUGCUAUAAUUCAUUGGUCUCAAGCACAAGGAGUUGAUGGAUUUUAUUUAAAAAAAUUGGAAAAUUUUGUGAACGAACCAUAUUUUGGUAGAACUCUUCAGAUUUGGAAACAAAUUAUAGGAUUCAAUAAAAUUUUGAUUGCGAGCGAAUUGGCUUAUAGUAAAGCUACAGGUGAUGCUUUGAAUAUUCUUUUGUCAAGAAUUGAUCUCAUAGAUGUUCACAUAGAUUUAGAAGAAGAAACUGCUGGUAUUUGUGAUAAAAUCAAGAAGGUUGUGGAUGGACAAUUAUGGUCUAAGCCUCAUUAUCCUUGGGUACAUUGGAAUAUUGGUAAUGUGAACAGUGAAAGAAUAGCGACAAAACAUAUUAAUAAUACUUUAGCUUUGACAGUUUUAGAAUUCGUUCUUCCAGGAACUGUAAGUAUAUUCUACGGAGAUGAGAUAGGAUUGGGCGGUAUACCAGAUGAUGUUGAAGAAGAUUUCCAUGAACACAAAGAUAUUCAUAACUUAGUCCAAAUGGCUUUUGCUGAUAGUGAGGUGACCCCUACUAAUGUUGAAAUUCUACCAUGGAACCUAAAGUCUGUACUAAAGCCAAAUUAUGAUUUUCUUAAUGUCAUUAAAAACUUGAUUAAGGUAAGAGUGACUACUCCUACAAUUUACUUAAGAGCAAUUUUCAAGGAGGGCGUUAUGCAACCUAAUGUAGAAAUACGUCAAACGGAAGAAGAUUUGAUUGUGAUUGAGCGUUGGUACCCUCGUAGAAAUGCCUGCGUUUUUGUCGGUAAUCUAGGCAGUAAGACUAUAACAGCCGAUUUAUCUACAAUGUUCUAUGGUGGGAAAGUUAUUGCUGGCACUAAUUCUUCAUUAAUUGGUCAAGUAUUGUAUUUUGAGAAAGUGACUUUCUCGCCCAAUUCAGCAAUAAUAGUUAAAAUGGAGAAAUAAAGCCAUUCGAACGAAUUUGUAGGGAUAACAUCCUAACCAAUUCUUUAGGGCGAUGAUUACUUAUGUCAUUUUUUUUUUAAGUAUUGAAUUUGAUUAAUCUCAACUUUUAUUUAUGACUGACCAUAGAUCUGAUAAGUAUUAUUUUUUGUUUUGUUUUAAAAUUUUACUAAUGUUACUAACAUUAAAAUAACGAAUAAUACAAUCGUUUUCCUUUGAAUUUUUAUAUUUUAGUAUUGAAUAAUAUUAAGUAAUUAUUAAUAUUAAUAAAUAUUUGUACAAUUCUCAGUUCCUUAGAAAUACCAAAGAUGGUUAAAACAUUUUAUUGUUUGUUAAAAAGUAUUAUCAUAUAUUUGUACAUAAUUAUGUACAUAGUAUAUCUCGUAUAUAUAAAAUAAAAAUUUGAUGAAAAAGCUACAUUUAUUAUUUUUACAAAUAAACAUACUUUGCUGUUACAACAAAAAUUCAUAUAAAAUAAAAAAUCGAGCGAGUAUUUCAGUGUAAUAUAACUAUUAGAUGGUGUAUAACUAUUUAAAACCAUCAUCAUAAUAUAUAUUAUAUAGUAAAUGAAAUUUCGCGGACCCGAUAGCGUAGUUUAGCUCCUUUGUUUCAGGGCUUAUGAUAGUGUGUUUGAUUCCCGCUUCGGUAAACAUUCAUACAUAUAACAAGCAUUGUGUUUGAAUUAGGUCUGGGUGAUAUGUAUACGUAUAUAAGUAUGUAUGUAUGUAUCAGUCUUAGGUUUCGAUAGUCAAGGGUAUCCUAGUUUGGGACCUGUGAGGGCUGUGUGUAACUUCCCAAAUAUUUAUUAUCUUUUAAAUUCAAUAUUCCUAUUAUUAUUUUUGGGUGGUAGGUACUAAGUAUAUUGAAUGCCCACAGACCUCAAAUAAAUAUCAUUAACUGAACUUGCGGGAAAAGGACAGAGACAAAUCCCUUACCCAAAAAACUACAAAAAAUAGAAGUGCACUUGUUACUUGUGAAAUGAACUUUUCUUGUGAUUUGAUUUUAAGUCGAUUGCAUGCAGCCUCGUAACGUUUGGCGCACGAGGUAUAUAGGUAGUACACAAUCUCCUUGUUCGAAGAACUCAAACACCAAACUGCCAACACAGUUACUGUUGCUUGUUUCGUAAUUGACACGAUUAUUUUAAAUUUUACAUAAUUACGUUUCGUCAGUUUUGAUCAAACCUGGCGAUACGUGGUCGUUAUUUCAAUUAUCAUACUAUUUCACAUUAUAUAAAAUGAUAUAAGUAUUCAAAUGUAUUGUAUCGUUGGAAAAUUUAAUAUUUAUUAUCGAUUAAUUUCCUACUUCAGUUAAUUAAAUCAAGCAUAUAUCACAAGUUUUGCGAAGCAUCCCGGACAAUCCUUUUUUUUUGGUU